CGUAAUCAGGAUAUUGGAUAUAUUGGAUGUUCAUCACCAUGGUGAUUCGCACUUUUUCGAACGUGGAUGUUACGGUUUCUUAUAAGUUAUUUUGUCUUCAUAUUUUAAUGCCAAAGAAUGCAGAAGUUCAUAUAUGGCACGGAAAAUACCCAGUGGCAGGUAUAUACAUGAACAGAGAUCUCCGCCUAAGGGGUUUGCAGGAACAGUUAUCAAAAGUAGGACACACCGCCUACUUACACGAACUAGAGGAUUUCAAUGAAAUAUUAGAAAUUGAAGUCAAUGAUGAAAUUGUUUAUCGCUGCAAGGUCUUGGAUUUUCAGUUUGGGAGCGAUGGUGAAUUGGAUCCACUAUGUAAAGCAGUCGUUGAUUGUGUGAAUAAAGCUUAUUAAUGUCUUAUCUGAAGUUGUUUAGGUUACUUAGCUAAUUUAUGUUGACUACCUAUUAAGGUAGUGCAUAUGUACAAGUUUCCACACUUGUAGUCCAGGCUACAAGACCACUGAG